AUGAUUGCUGAUUAAAGGGCCAUUUAAAAAAAGAGAAAUAUCCAAAAUAUAAUUGAUAAUGAUGAUGAAAUAGGAGAAGUAGCAGAAUGGGCUGGAGUUUCAGCUGCUUAGGCCAAAGAUGAUGAUGAUUUCGAUUUUGAUCAUAAACAGGUGUUCUAAUAAUCGAACGAUCACAUCGAAUAAGCUAGAUAAAAAAUAAAUUAGAAAUUAAAUAAGAAAGGAACAAAUGUAAAUUAAAGAAAUGGACCUUUAGUCAAUAAUCUCAAAGACAAAGCUAAAAGUAUUGCAUUAUAGAAUAAUCAAAUCAAUGAAACACCCAUUAAGCAGCAAUGCCAGUCUAGUGAUGAUGAAAACGACAAACCUCCUGUUGGACAAAUGGAGAAAGAAAGUCCAGACAAAAAAGUUUUUAGAUUGUCAGAGAGAAAGCAUUUUGGCAAAAUUGAACAAGAAUUCGAAUAAGCUCAAUAAAGAGAGAAAUGAUGGAUUUGGAAAGGAAAAAAAAUGAGAUCAAAUAAAUAAACUUCAUUGAAGCUUGGGAAUUAAAUGAAGGGUUCUUAAAGACAUCAGAGACCAGAUUGAAUUUAUCUAAAAAAAGACAUCUUUUUUAGAUAAACUAUUCGGAUGUUUUAGUAUCCAUUUAAAAAGUAGUAGACUCAUCUAAGAAAAAA